GCAAAUUGUUUUUCCACCCCAUGACGCUCUCGAACAGCUGUUGAUUCCAAGAUGACGGAUCCUACAACAUCGCCGGAGGAUCACUGGAUCAAAGUAAGCUAGCUAGUUUAGACAAAUAUAUGAGACGUGAGGACAAGUAAGCGUUGUAUGACACUGCCGUAUAUUCGUAGCAAGAAUACUGUGUUUGUAAUUUGGAGUUAACUUGCUACAAUUGGCUUGUGUUAGCUAGCUAACGGAUAGCUAUCUAGGUACUAGCGCUUUUGUUUAUGAAUCUUUUCAAGCUUAUUCCCCUUUCUUUACGGUUCUGUGAUGGUCAACUGCUGGCUAGCUGGCCAACUUGUAGCCUAGUCCUAGUGGACCAGACGGGUGAUUUGCAAAUUCACCGUCUGGGAGAACCCAGUGUUUAAUUUUGGAAAUGGUACAGUCAUUAUAUAUCCACAGGUAGGUAUUAAUAAAUCAACUUUACAAAACGCUGGAAGUGUGUUGAGAUUUCUAUCACAUGAUGAAGCAUGCGCAUACGUCACGAUGUACAUGUACGCAACGCAUGUUUGCGGAGGUCGUGCACGUGUUUACAUGGGUUUGCCAAAAAUACUUGCCAUACUUCAGCCUUGUAUGCACUGACCGCAUAGGAACGUCGGGGCUACUCAUAACUAGCGGCCACCUAGCAGUAGUGUGAAGUACUUAAGUAAAAAUACUUUAAAGUACUACUUAAGUAGUUAUUUUGGGUAUCUGUACUUUACUAUUUAUAUUUUUGACUACUUUUACUUAUACAUUUUAGUCAUUUAGCAGACGCUCUUAUCCAGAGCGACUUACAGUUAGUGAGUGCAUACAUUUUUCAUACUGGCCCCCCGUGGGAAACGAACCCACAACCCUGGCGUUGCAAGCGCCAUGCUCUACCAACUGAGCUACAGUAGGGCCUACAUUUACUAAAGAAAAUAAUGCACUUUUUACUCCAUACAUUUUCCCUGACACCCAAAAGUACUCCUUAUAUUUUUAUGCUUAGCAGAACAGAAAAAAUUGUCAAAUUCACACACUAGAACAUCCCUGGUCAUCCCUACUGCCUCUGAUCUGGCGGACUCACUAAACACACAUGCUUCAUUUGUAAAGAUGUCUGAAUGUUGGAGUUUGCCCCUGGCUAUCAGUAAAGAAAAUGUUGCCGUCUGGUUUGCUUAAUAUAAGGAAUUUGAAAUUAUUUGUACUUUUACUUUUUACUAUAUACUUAAGUAUAUUUUAGCAAUUAAAUGUUCUUUUGAUACUUAAGUAUAUUUAAAACCAAAUACUUGUAGACUUUUACUCAAGUAGUAUUUUACUGGGUGACUUUUACUUGAGUCAUUUUCUAUUAAGAUAUCUUUACUUUUACUCAAGUAUGACAAUUGGGUACUUUUCCCACCACUGCCACCUAGUAACCAGGUCAUUUAAUGAUUAGCUACAAGCAAGUUAGCCACAAAAGGUUCAGGUUAUUAGCUGGUGGGAACUCAGGUUGCACUUGUGUCCAAGAUUUAAACAAAAAAGAGGACUUCUCUGACAAUUCUGCCUACUUGAAUCAAAUCAGUGGUGUAUUCAAUCUGCCGAUUCUGUUGCAAAAUGUUUCUUAAACGGAAGCAAACGAAACGGGGAGGAACCUACCUGUAUUUGACCAAUAUAAACUCUUGUUUUAGUUGCAGAACGUAACUGUUUGGACAAAUGAUUACACCACAGGACUACUGUCAGUGGAUUUUGUUGAUGCAUAUUGCUGUGUUUGUCUGAGGGGAUUAGAUUAAAAUGAAAGUUGAUUGAAUUCGCUUUGGAACCGGUGCCCUGUGCAAAGUCCACGGCGGAGUCCUGAAUCCUACUCUACUUUUCAGCCGACUUCAGCUGCGUUUACGUGCUAGUCGGAACUAGGAAACUCGAAAAUGUCUGAAUUGCUAACUGGUUGAACGCGGAACGUUUAUAACUACAACCGGUUAGCAAGUCUGACAUUUUUGAGUUUCCUAAUUCAGACUGGCAUGUGAACGUGGCAAGAAGUCGCCUGAAAAGUAGAGUAGGAUUCUGUUUCCACAUGCAAAAGUGAUUGCUUUUGAUAAAAACCCUUUAUCUGCCUUCCCAAUGAAAACUAGUUUGAAAAUUCAAACAUAUAGGCUAUUUUAUGGAAAAGAGAUGUUGUAUGUUUCUGGAUGAUGCACCAUGCUGCCUUGUUGAAUUGAAUUGUUGUUGACAUUACUAAGCAGCACAGAUUACUGUUUCGAUUCGAGAAGGGAGCUCCUCCCUCACUGCUUUUGCCCAUUCAAGUCACCAUAGACCGGUGCCCUGUGGCUCAGUAUAAUCGAAUCUGCCCAUUGAGUGAGAGACGAGAAAGAGCCUGUUGUUCUCACCUCCUUAUCCACUGUUUUAUUCUCUCUCCUGUCAACACCUGCCAUGGCUGAACAGAACGAUGGGGCUUUCAGUGACAAUGGAUUUGACCACAGUGAGUAGUAUCGUUAGGCCUAACUGUUGUUUUACCCAAAUGUACAGUCUAUAGCUAGUAGGCUACCAGUCCUGUGGGUAACUGUUGAUUUGUCAUUUAAUGAUGUCUGAACUCUUCUUCAUGUUCUCCUUUAAGGUUUUUUUGCUGAGAAUGCAAGGAAGAGUACUGUGGUCUCCAGGGCUAACAGCAUCGGGUCCACAAGUGCCUCAUCAGUACCAAAUACAGGUACUGUGUUGUUAGUCAUUUAUGUUUAGACAACAUAUGUCAGGAAAUAUUUCUAUCGGCGAUGUUGAUGUGUGUACUGUAUGACUAAACGGCUUGUGUAGGUGAGACAAUGCUGCAUAUUUAUUUUGUCCUGAUUCAAAAAAAACAUAAUUCAUGCAGUGCCCCUUUAAUUCAUUCUGUUACUCCCUACCCCACUCUCACUUCCACUAUAUUCUUUCUUAUAAUUUUUUUACAUUUGACAUUUUAGUCAUUUAGCAGACGCUCUUAUCCAGAGCGACUUACAGUUAGUGAGUGCAUAAUUUUUUUUCAUGCUGGCCCCCCGUGGGAAUCGAACCCACAACCCUGGCGUUGCAAGUGCCAUGCUCUACCAACUGAGCUACACUUUUUUUCAAUUGCAUUUCCAAGUGACCUAGUUUGGUUGGGCAUUGUCCUGCUCUCUCAUGGUCCAGUGCUUUAUUCUAGCUUGAUGUCAGCCUUGAGCCCUAGGGAGGUAGACUGAAACACCUGCUCUUCCUCUCCUCACUGUAGAUGAUGAAGACAGUGACUACAGGCAUGAGACCACAUACAAGGAGUCCUACAAAGACCGGCGGAGACAGGCACACACACAGGCCGAGCAGAAACGACGGGAUGCUAUCAAGGUUGGCUUCCGAUAGGGAGUGGAAUAACAGAAGCAUAGAUCAUGGGAAGGAGGGUAGUUGAAAAAGGGACAAGGGAGAAAAAUAAAAAGGAUUGGGAAAUGAGGGUGGGGGGUCUUUGGACAGAAGGAGUUGGUGGCUCUGAUCUCUUCCAAUAAAUUAGAUGUUUCUUAGGUGGCCAAAUGUAAUACUUCUGUCAAUUCUAAAAUCUGUUUGUCUUGUGUGUUUGACUCCACAGAAAGGAUAUGAUGAUCUACAGUCCAUAGUGCCCACCUGCCAGCAGCAGUCUGAGUUUGCUGUGGGGACACAGAAGAUCAGCAAGGCCACAGUGCUGCAGAAAAGUACAAUAUUCUAUAUAGACCAUUAUAAACUGGGUGGUUCAAGCCCUGAAUUCUGAUUGGCUGACAGCCGUGGUCUAUCAGACCGUAUACCACGGGUAUGACAAAAUAUGUAUUUUUACUGCUCUAAUUACAUUGGUAACCAGUUUAUAAUAGCAAUAAGGUACCUCAGGGGUUUUGGUAUAAGGCCAAUAUACCACGGCUAAGGGCUGUAUCCAGGCACUGUGUUGCGUCGUGCAUAAGAACAGCCCUUAGCCGUGGUAUAUUGGCCAUCUACCACACCUCCUUGUGUCUUAUUGCUUAACUGUACUGCUCAACCAGAAAUGUGGGAAAUGUACAUUUUAGGAUUGUGCAAAUUGACAUUCCGACCAGCCUUUAUAAUGUCAACAUACUAUAAAUAUUUAGAAAGGGUCCCACCCUAUGGUGGAAUUUUCCUCCCUGAUAGAAAUGCUUGCCUGAUCCAGAAAUCCCUGACUGGUUGUUUCUGUGUUUCCUGCUGCAGCCAUCGACUACAUCCAGUUUCUGCACAAGGAGAAGAAGAAGCAGGAGGAGGAAAUGUCUAUGUUGAGGAAGGAAGUGAUGGCACUGAAGAUCAUGAAAACGUAAGUCACAGGCAAAAUAUCUGUUACUACAGUGUGAUACAGUAAAAUGUAAAAGCAGACAGGGAGAGCUGCAGUGUGAAACCAUUAAAGAUGAUAUUAGCUAUGUUAGAUUAAAUAUGUAUAAUUAAGGUUAAGAGAGCCUUCAAGGAUAUAUUUAAUUGACCUAAUAACUCAUGCAAAGGAUUGCAUAGGCUGUAUCAGGUCAGCCCUGGCAGACUGGCCUUAUCAGAGAGAGGGAAAUGCCUCAGCCCACACUCUGCUCCACCAGAGAUAAGUCCAGGAAAGCAGUCAACAGGGUUGGUUGACCCUCAGCGUAUACUGUGGAGGGAGGCCACUCAUACGGGGACAUCUGAAUGGAUUGAGCUGCCAUCUAAGCCUGAAGAGGCACGGAAGCCUCAUUUUAUAUCAGUUUUGAAAUGUGCAGUAAUUUAUGCUAUUCUUUGAUAGCAUCAGGGCUCUACGCUGAACUUUUUUACAAGGAGCACGUGUGCGCCUAAGUUGGGAAAUGUAGGCACACACAAAGAAAUUUAGGAGCACAAUGAAAAAUGAGGUAUUAAAGCUAGAAUCCUACUUUUCUCUAGGCGCACUGGUGCUCCUAAAUUAGAAUUCCAGGUCACACAGCAAAAUAUUUAGGCGCGUAUGCGAGUAAGUUUUGAGAAUGACACAACUACUAAUUUUCACAGUCUGCUGCCUCAGUUUUGAUGAUGGCAAUUUGCAUAUACUCCAGAAUGUCAUGAAGAAUUAUCAGAUUAAUUGCAAAGUCCCUCUUUGCCAUGAAAAUGAACUUAAUCCUCCAAAAACAUUUCCACUGCAUUUCAGCCCUGUCACAAAAGGACCAGCUGCUAUCAUGUCAGUGAUUCUCUCGUUAACACAGGUGAGUGUUGACGAGGACAAGGCUGGAGAUCUCUCUGUCAUGCUGAUUGAGUUAGAAUAACAGACUGGAAGCUUUAAAGGGAGGGUGGUGCUUGAAAUCAUUGUUCUUCCUCUGUUAACCAUGGUUACCUGCAAGGAAACGCGUGCCAUCAUCAUUGCUUUGCACAAAAAGGGCUUCACAGGCAAGGAUAUUGCUGCUAGUAAGAUUGCACCUAAAUCAACCAUUUAUCGGAUCAUCAAGAACUUAAAGGAGAGAGGUUCAAUUGUUGUGAAGAAGGCGUCAGGGCGCCCAAGAAAGUCCAGCAAGCGCAAGGACCGUCUCCUAAAGUUUAUUCCGCUGCGGGAUCGGGGCACCACCAGUGCAGAGCUUGCUCAGGAAUGGCAGCAGGCAGGUGUGAGUGCAUCUGCACACACAGUAAGGCGAAGACUUUUGGAGGAUGGCCUGGUGUCAAGAAGGGCAGCAAAGAAGCCACUUCUCUCCAGGAAAAACAUCAGGGACAGAUUGAUAUUCUGCAAAAGGUAAAGGGAUUGGACUGCUGAGGACUGGGGUAAAGUCAUUUUCUCUGAUGAAUCCCCUUUCCGAUUGUUUGGGGAAUCCGGAAAACACCUUGUCCGGAGAAGACAAGGUGAAUGCUACAAUCAGUCCUGUGUCAUGCCAACAGUAAAGCAUCCUGAGACCAUUCAUGUGUGGGGUUGCUUCUCAGCCAAUGGAGAGGGCUCACUCACAUUUUUGCCUAAGAACACAGCCAUUAAUAAAUAAUGGUACCAACACAUCCUCCGAGAGCAACUUCUCCCAACCAUCCAAGAACAGUUUGGUGACGACCAAUGCCUUUUCCAGCAUGAUGGAGCACCUUGCCAUAAGGCAAAAGUGAUAACUAAGUGGCUCGGGGAACAAAACAUCUACAUUUUGGGUCCAUGGCCAGGAAAGUCCCCUGACCUUAAUCCCAUUGAGAACUUGUGGUCGAUCCUCAAGAGGCGGGUGGACAAACAAACACCCACAAAUUCUGACAAACUCCAAGCAUUGAUUAUGCAAGAAUGGGCUGCCAUCAGUCAGGAUGUGGCCCAGAAGUUAAUUGACAGCAUGCCAGGGCGGAUUGCAGAGGUUUUGAAAAAGAAGGGUCAACACUGCAAAUAUUGACUCUUUGCAUAAACUUAAUGUAAUUGUCAAUAAAAGCCUUUGACACUUAUGGAAUGCUUGUAAUUUUACUUCAGUAUACCAUAGUAACAUCUGACAAAAAUAUCUCAUAACACUGAAGCAGCGAACUUUGUGAAGACCAAUACUUGUCAUUCUCAAAACUUUUGACCACUACUGUAGAGCCCUGAACAUGUGCUCCCAUUACGAUGCUAUCAUAGUUGUGUAAAUAUGAUAUUAACACUAUUGUCAGUAGCUAGGUUUCCAUCCAUCCAUUUCAUGCGAAUAUGCUAAAAUCGCAUUAAAAACAAUAUGCGCAUUUUCCCACCAGAGAUGUGUUUCCAUCAAAUUGACUUGUUGCAGAUAAAAGGCUGUGCGUGAUGACGUAGUGCACAUAAAUAUACCUUUUGUAGUAAAAUUCCCAUACAAGUUAAAUGGGUUUACGUCACUCUACUGAUGGGGUUUCUCACAUUUAUUUUGUUAUACAGCGAGUUCCCACUCUGGUAUUGGCACGUGCGCUCUAGCCAACAGCUGGCAGAUACAGUGCGGGUAUAGCCAACAUGGCAGCUUUUUUGUUGUUGUUUUUUUUCUAUAUAAAAAAUCAUCCCCUAGCCCGGACGACGCUGGGCAAAUUGUGCGCUGCCCUAUGGGACUCCCGGUUGCGAUACCGCCCGGGAUCGAACCCGGGUCUGUAGUGACGCCUCUAGCACUGCCUUAGACAGCGGCGCCACUCGGGAGGCCCUACAUGGCAGCUUUGUCAAACGGCAGCUCGAUAUUUAUUGGAAAGGAGCAUCAAGCUCAUCAAUUUGCACUUUCACCACCCUGUGAAGUUCACCAUCAUUUAUUUAUUUAAUCUGUAGCCUAAUAAACUGCAUGCUUUCCCAAUGCAUUGUAGUGGGAGGACCACACAUGUCAUCGCGUGACUCCAAGUUUACUUCAAUAUGAUGGUUAUUAUAUUUAAUAUUUGCACAUUAAAAGCUUUUCCACCGACAGUUCUCGCAAAAUUAAUUUUAGACUCAAAAAGAUCCCACCUUGUCUAGCGUGCUUUGUUUUGUCUGCAUUUGGUUCGUUUACCGACAAAUGUUGUGUUUCAAUCAGGCCUGUCAUGACACUUUUUUUAUAUCCGACAUGUACUUUACGCGCAUGAAAAGGUUGGAUGGAAACCUGGUUAGAAAUGGUCAGAUGUAGUUGAACAUGUUACUUAAGCAAUAAGGCCCAAGAAGGUGUGGUACAGAGUCUGAAUUCAAAAUGGAUUAAAUAAUUUUUUUUUCUCACCCAUCUACACACAAUACCCUAUAAUUGUGAAAGUGAAAACAUUUUUGUAGAAAGUUUAGCAAAUUUAUUGAAAAUGAAAUACAGAAAUGUCUAAAUUAUGUAAGUAUUCACACCCCUGGCUUGAAUACUUAUUAACUCAAAACAUUUCAGCUUUUCAUUUUUUUAUUAGUUUGUAUAAAAAAAAAAAAAUUAAGUAAAGAAUCUCUACAUUUAUUCCACUUUUGAUAUUAUGUGUAUGCCAGUGACACAAAAUCUCAAUUUAAUCUAUUUUAAAUUCAGGCUGUAACACAACAAAAUGGAAGAAGUCUAGGGGUGUCAAUACUUUCUGAAGGCACUGUAUAAACCACCGAGGUGCCUUUAUUGCUAUUAUAAACCAGUUAACAACAUGAAUAUAACAACAAAAAAUAUGUUUUGCAUCAUACCCAUGGUAUAUUGUCUGAUAUACACGUGGCUGGAAUGCUGUUUCAGCCUAUUUCAGCCAAUUAGCAUCCAGAACCCAAACUACCCGGUUUAUAAUGUGUUUAACCUGUGUGUUGUAGGAACUAUGAGCAUAUAGUGAAUGCCCACCAGAACAACCCUCAGCAGGGGGAGGAGCAGGUGUCGGACCAGGUCAAGUUCAGCGUGUUUCAGAGCAUCAUGGACUCCCUGUUCCAGUCCUUCAGCAGCUCAGUGUCUGUGGCCAGCUUCCAGGAGCUGUCCGCUUGCGUCUUCAGCUGGAUCGAGGAGCACUGCAAGCCUCAGGUAGGACACUCAAUGUACUGUACUGCUGGGGGAUUCUUGCUGCUGGUGGAUGGAUGGCACACCAAAUCAUGUAUGGUUUUAUUUAAGGUAAUUGUCUUUAUGUGAUAGUCAUGGCAUUUUGGUGUGUUUUCUGCUCAAUGAUGGUAUUUUGGACUUCAGUCUGACCCAACAGGUCAAAACUAUCACCAUUGCAUGCUAUAAUUGACAUGGCAGCCACCCUGUCUUGCUCUGAGGAUGGAUGACUAUGUUGAGUUGACAGCUGUGUAAGGUAAUCCAUGUUUGUCCCCUUUUCCUUCCCAGACAUUGCGUGAGUUUGUGGUGGGAGUUCUCCGGCAGCUCAACAGCCAGCUGUAUUAAUGGUGGCCAGGUGUAAACUCUGGACAGGAAUCUCCCCUCAGGGAUGGAGCUGAGGCCUACCCUGGGUUCUCAGGUUGAUAUGUGAGGUCUCUACCA